CAGCGAAGCAUGUUCACGGGCAUCAUUGAAGAGAUUGGGACGUGCGUCGCCCUCGUCGAGAAGCAUGACAUGGUCAUGUGGGAUGGCACGGUCUCCAACGGCGUCGAGCUCGUCGUGCAUGCCAAGGUGGCCUUUGACGGCGCCUACAUUGGCUGCUCGAUCGCGAUCAACGGCACGUGCCUCACGGUCACGGCCAUGGACGAAGCCGCGGGCCACCUCAGCUUUGGCGUCGCGCCCGAGUCGCUGCGCAAGACGAACCUUAAGAACCUCAAGGCCGGCGACAAGGUCAACGUUGAGCGCGCCAUGGGUGCCCACGACCGCAACAGCGGCCACUUUGUCCAAGGCCACGUCGAUGGCACCGGCGACAUUCUUGAGAUGACCCGUGAAGGCGAGUCGCUCUGGGUCAAGAUCAAGGUCGACCGUGCGCUUCUGAGCUACAUCAUUCCCAAGGGCUUCAUCGCCAUCGACGGCACGAGCCUUACCGUGUGCGAAGUGGAUACGGUCGCGGGCUGGUUCAACGUCAUGCUCAUCACACACACGCAAGCAAGCAUCAUUUUGCCGACAAAGAAGAUUGGCGACGCCGUCAACAUCGAGGGCGACGUCAUGGGCAAGUACGCGGCCAAGUCGACGGGCGCGCUUCUGACGCGCCUCGAGACGCUCGAGCAGGCGCAAACCAAGUCGCUUCUCGCGGCGGCGAUCGUCGGUGGCGCCAUUGGCGCAUGCGUCGCGCUGGUCGCCACGCAGCGCUAAGAGCUUUAUAUUACAACAUGGCACACAUCGUCGUAUUCAUUCUCAA